AAACAAACUGCUCCAGCUGUCAAAUCGAAAAGCCGAAGUGGAGCCGAAGUUUGAUUCCUUUUCGAACUUCAAAGCAUUCGAAGAUCCUGUGAGGGCUUUUUAAAUUUCCUGCAAUUACAAAACCAUUCACAGUUGGUGUUUUAUUAUUGUAAAUGCUAAUCCAUUUAAGCGCUUUUUUGUAAUCCCUUCUACUCUUGGAUACAAGAGUAAUAUUCAGUCUGUUUUAAACAGACUCGUCGGCCCGAAACGGUUUGUUGUAGUUCUAAAACGUCAAACGCCGUGCGCAUGUAGUGGUGUGAAAAAGGAUUAUGAACGUACCGUACGCUGCGCGCACUGUAAUCGAUUCCGGAAUCCUUAAAUGCUUUCAUACAAAAAACAGCAGGAUUUCGCCUACGAGCCUUUGCCAGCUUAUCGUUCGUCCGAGUAGCGAGUGGAAAACUUGGUUAAUAAUAAAUACUUCGUGAAAAUGUGCUGCGUGAGUGUGACCCCCCGUGCCCAGACAGUGCGUUCCGAAUAGAGGAUAUGGAUUAAUGGUGCGACAAAUUCCUCCACUGCUCGGUUCCGUCCUGUGCCAGCACCGUCGUGGCAGAAGAAUAUGCGACCGAAAGGAAGUGCCGCGCCGAGGAAGGUUUUAGCUAAUCGCAAGUAGAAGUGUUAGAUCGCUUAGAACGACGGAGGAGGGUUGGGCGGAAUCGCACAUCGACACGGCCCCAACUGUAUAUUUGCCACAAAAUGCCCGAACAUCUCGAACUGCAACAGCUGGUGGAUGGGGUGCUGCAGGGCACCACACGCCAUCCGUCCCUGUCGUGGCUGCAAUGCUCCUGUCCGUACCUGGGAAUCAUCCUUGCCACGGUUUCUUCGUUUUUCUUUUCCCUAUGCUCCGUCAUCGUGAAAGGGCUUGUUGAUGUUAAUCCUAUCGAGCUGGCUACGUUCAGAUUUAUCGGAGUGCUGCUGCCAUCGAUACCGAUUGCAAUAUAUCGCGAAGAAACGUUUUUCCCCGAAGGAAAGCGCAUCAUACUGGUGCUCCGAUGCUUCGUGGGCACUACGGGACUGAUGCUUAGCUUUUAUGCAUUCCGCCAUAUGCCACUGGCGGAUGCGUCGGUGAUUAUCUUUUCCACGCCAGUGUUUGUGGCCAUUUUUGCGCGGCUUUUCCUUCGCGAGGCUUGCGGCAUGUUCAACGUGAUCACGAUUGUCCUCACGCUGAUCGGUGUGGUGCUUAUCACCAAACCGCCCUUCCUGUUUGGCGACCAUCAGGUGUCGCUGGUGGACGAGCAGAUUAUGGAAAACAGCUACGACAUCUGGGGCCCGGUGGCUGCCUUGUCGUCCACGCUGUUCGGUGCGAACGCGUACGUGCUGCUGCGUGCCCUGAAAGGGCUACACUUUUCCGUCAUCAUGUCCAACUUUGGCGCCUUUGCCUUGCUUUACACGCUUAUAGUGUGCUACUACAUCGGUGCACUGUGCUGGCCACUGUGCGGGACGGAUCGGUUUCUCGUCAUAGCACUAGCCCUGUUCAGCUUCGGUGGCCAGAUACUGCUGACGCUCGCACUGCAGUACGAACAGGCGGGUCCGGUAGCGAUUGCCCGUUCGGCCGACAUCGUGUUUGCCUUCAUCUGGCAAAUUAUGUUUUUCAAGGAAACGCCCAGCCUUUACUCGGUGCUGGGUGCACUGCUGGUGGUCAGCUCGGUGGUCCUAUCGGGACUGCGCAAAUGGGCCCUAGCAUUGCCGAGAGACUCGGAGACGAGGAAAAAAUUGCAUUUCCUCUAUCUGGAAUAGAGGACGUACGGUCUCGCUCACGUCACGACGUAGGACUGUGUUCAUCGGGAAGCUCCAUUUCGGAUCACAAGAAAUGGCACGGCUAAACCAGAACAGAGUUAUCCUUACCAUCCGUUUUCAUCCAAUUUUAAGCCACGUCACAAACAAUCUCUCUUAACCAAAACCAAAAUCAACAACAGCAACACAAACUACAAACUCGCAUCGCAUUUUAUCACCGGUGUUCCCCGGAUGUUUCCGGUGCACCAGGAACGUUUGAAAAACCAACAAAAUGAUAAACCGUAAGACUUUAUGACGACCAAAAUCAGAGUGUAGGUGGAUAAGAAGUAUUUUUAACGAUACAUACACCAUAUUAUUCAACUACGGAAUUGCUUUCCAGCGUAUUGUUUUAUCAAACAAGCAAUGGAACUAAACGCUACUACCUAAAACAAACCCCCCAAAGUUACGCGCACCCUCGACCUUUCCAAAACUACACACUCCUCACAUUGCGUUUGCGUGGUCGUCGGUAGGACACAGAAGAAGCCACCUAGAAGGGACACCUACUGCAGCCGGGCGAUGCAACCCGCUUUGGGGAUCAGUUUUCUAAAGGGCGAGGGUGCUUUCGUCUGUUCGUGGUGCAGCAAGAGGAGCACUGUUACGAUUCUAGUCAAAAACGUUUUCCGUCACGUUCAAAGGACAUCAGCAAACAGUCACGAGAUAAUUAGGAAAAAAAAACCUUAAAUACGCUUGUCACCAAAUAAGAAAAAUGGGAAGAAACGGGUUUCUGUCCGUGUUUCUUGUAAUAUGAAAUAUUAAAUAGUCUAAUAAAAACUGCAUUGUGAUUAAAGGAGGGGUCGUCUCACACAUUCAUAGCCGCCAAAUCCGAGCGAUUUUCGUUGAAUAGUUCACACUAUUCACACUUCGUCUAGCACUCUCACACGUGUUGCUGCCCCUAAGUUAAGUCGGUUCAACGAGCGCGAAAGAACAGAAGGAGAAGCGUGUAUCAUCUUCUAAGAAGCUAAAAGUGCACGCAUUAAGUAAAAGACGGACUAAGCAUUAUUAUAUUACAACCAAAUAACAACAACCAAAUCUCAAAAACAAAGCCGAUUGUUGUAUUCUAUUACCUUAAAAAUAAAUCCUUAAACUGA